GAGCACAAUUUAUUUUGAUUCGAGURAUAUAGCACUCGAUMRAUUUUGAUUUGAGCAAAAAAGUAUUACGAAUUGACGGAUUGCUGAAUGGAUUUAAAAUCGCGAAGAAGUUUCGAAUUCAAUAAGAGAGUAAGGGAUUUGGUCUCMAAGGACAGGACGCAACUCAAGGAAAAAUACGACAAGAUUGAUAAACAGCGAGCAGAGCGKUUGUCAGAGAUUCAUCACAUGCAAGAAAGAGUGCGGUUUUCGAUGAGAAACCUCGCGAAGGACAAGCUUCAACUCAAGAAAAAGGAAACUGCUUUUCAUAUAAACAAAGAAACGACGCCAGGUGAACCUCGCAAGGAAUUUCAAACUGGAUACUACACUAACGAACACAGUGAUUUGUUUGAGAAAGACGUUUCAGAAGAUUCUCUUCAGAAGCAUCACGUCCGGUCUUCUCAAACCAGAAAAAAUCUGGAYAUUCCAAACCUGAAUGUGUCACAAAGGCGCGCUUCUGCGCCAUCUAAUGUACCUCAGACAAGCGAGACAGGAAUCCCGAAGAAAGAUCAUGUUUCAAAAAGCAAAAGCAAUGGUUUUSAUGAUAUACCUUCCAAAAACCUAGACAUCCCUUGGUCAGAUACAUCGAAAAGACGGGCGUCUGCCCCGUUAAGCUUUCCUCAGCCAGGAAGCCCAAAGGCACGAGAUGUUUUCAUCAAACCUGCRUCURCCAGCUUUGGAAGGCUGCCUUUAUCYGCAUCUUUACCYAAAGAACUAUACACAUCAASCAAACGUAAACUUUCUAAAACACUCGAUAAAAGUCACAUACUCUCWGUCAAUGACAUGCGCAUGUCARCUAGAUCUCCAGUCGUUAACCUUCACCGUAAAYCUGCUGAUGGGAAUUCUCGGGGAUUGCGRAAACUCUCCGACACUUCUCGUUUAGUUCGCGAUAUUUCUCCUAACCRACAUGGCAAUGAYAGCCGUCCUAGAAGCCUGAGUGUAGCCCAUGUCGCCAAUGCCCWGGGUGUUAGGGAGGCUCCAAGAAAGCUUUCUGGUGGMGGCCCUAAGCGUCAAUUAUUCAGAGUGAGAAGUAGGUCGUUACCAGACCUCCUUUCCCCAAAUAACUCCAAGGGUUCCAAGCAGAGUGCAUYUUCGCCAGUAUCAAAAGAGUGCGUUGAAUCACAAGACAUUAGUGAAAGCUCCUUAGCUCGUAGUUUUGAGCAGUUGAAGCAUUGUCGAUAUCUUCGAUCUGCUCUUUCAGAUCAUGACGUCACAACAUGACAAUUARCUAUGAAAGAUUAAMGGGAAACGACAAAAUUGGUGUAAACUCAURCUUAUAGAUUCAGCGCUCUGGUAUUUUUUAGCAUUGAAUAUUAAUUGGACAUUUAUAUGKGUUCGCUUCUGCGUUUUGUAUCUUUCAUCCUGUUUUACUUUAAAGAAGUAUUUGUCUUUUUUAUCGGAGUUUUCUCGCUUUUUCUCUUCGCAAUUUAAGCAAUUUAUAUACUGUAUAUAAUACUGUUAUAAAAUUUUUGAUAUAUAACGCGCGCUCUGAUUGGCUGACGACCGUGUUUAUAUCAGAGUACAGAGACACGACUUACCGGUAAAAUUUUCUUUUCGCUCGAAAAAUUUUAUAAAAGAAAUAUAAAACGGCCGCUUGUGUCUCUGUCCUCUGAUAUAAACACAGUGGGAGUUGAAAGACACUCGAGAAGUAAGAGAAACACUCGCUACGUUCUUGUUCCUAAGCUUGCUUCUCUCGUAUUUUUCGAACUCAUCCCACCGUGUUUAUA